CGAGUGAAUGAUCGCCUUGAGUUGAGGGCUCUCCAACUCCAGACUCAUUAAUCCAUCUUUCAUAUCUUAAACCCUGGAGGAGUGAUACGGGUAAAGACAGAGUGAGACAGAGUGAGUCACAGCGGGGCGGACCGAGUGAACAGAAACUGAAACUGAUCCAGAGAUCCAGAGGGUCCUGUCCACCAGACGGUCGCGUCCCAGACCUCAUCUCCGACUGAGUGAUCUACUGGUGGUCUAAGAGGUCUCUCUGUCUGUCUGUCUGCCUGCCUGUCUAUCUGUCUGUCUGUCGGAUGGCCGUGCGGAUGGACCUGUGUCUGGAGGCGCUAUCCGCGCUGACGGGGUGUCGCGUGGAGGCCUCGGCCGCCGAGUCGCAGCUGAUGCCGCAGGACGUGGUGAACAUCGCGGCCCUGAAGCAGUUCUACCGCCGCGAGGGCCUGCAGGAGCUCGAGUACCCCAGCCUUGGCUCCCUGUCGCUAGGCGGCCCCGACGACGAGGACAUGUACAGCGCGCCCCUGGCCGUGGAGGGCCCCCCCCCGCCGGAGCCCCUCGAAGGACCCCCCAUUAAGAUCAACCCCGCCACCUUCUUCGAUCCCCGGUUCGACUACGACUUCACCAACGUCAAGGAUGGCGAGCAGAGCUUCUCGCGCGGCGAGGAGCGGUACGUGCGUCCUUGCGGCUGGCGGCGGGUGGCCCUGCGGGUGCUGGGGUACGACGGGGGCGACGCCUGGCUGGGCACCGGCCCCGACGCCUGGCCCGUCAGUUACCAUGGCAACCGCAUGGACGGGGCCCUGGGCGUCACGGCGACACGCCGCGGCCCGGCCCCCGAGGGGGCGGAGCCCGGGGCCCUGGAGGAGAUCGAGCCCGGCCCGGUCGCCGGGGCGACCUACCUGAGGGGCGUGUACUCCUCCACCCUGGUGGGCGUGGCCGAGGGCUACUGCAAGAGGUUCCGUUCCUGCGGCGACGGGAAGACCUACAAGGUGGUGCUGCAGAACCGGAUCAACCCGGAGCAGCGGAGGCAGUGCCAGAGGGAGGGGCUCUGGGUGGUCACCGUCGCCGAGGGGAGCGGCCCCGCCCAGACCAGGGCCUCCAUCCAGCUCGCCCUACGGCCCUACGGCCUGCUGCUCAAGGAGGACUGAGGCUCGCUCUACCUCUCUCUCUCUCUCUCUCUCUCUCUCUCUCUCUCUCUCUCUCUCUCUCUCUCUCUCUCUCUCUCUCUCUCUCUCUCUCUCUGUCUCUCUCUCUCU